AAAUUGUAUUAUAAUAUAAAUAAAUUGUUUUAUUAUUUUGAAGGGGUUUCUACUAGAAAAUUUUGCUUGUGGGUGGUAUUUGCAAAAGAAAAAGUGGGUUUGGAUUUUUUUUGUUGUUUUUUCAUAUCAGUGCUCAGGUGCAGCAAUGCUGGGUGUGUUACAAAUGGACGGGGAAAAAAAAAAAAGAAGGUUCAAAAUUAGUCCAUAGAUCUGCUGAACUGGGAUGUCACGCUAAGAUCUGUGUUUGGGUAUUGCAUCAGGUAAAGGUAAAGGUUUUAUUCCAUGCUCUGGAAUGGGUGGUGUGUAUUCCCAGGAGAGGAAUGACAUACCACAUUAAUGGACUCUACAUGUCUGCUGUGCAGAAUGACUUCCACUGGGAAACCAGUUUCCACCAUGAUUUGAUUGAAUAAAGACUCUUGAUUCCCUUUAAGUGCAUGUGCUAACAAGAAAAAAGGGAGAACUACAAGACUUUGGCCUGUUCAGAAGUUGUCAACAAAGAAGAAAUGGUAUUUUUAAAGCUCUUCAAAAAUAUUUAAGUCUGUCUAUGAAUAGAAUUUAGCUGGUAAAAGUCCACCAGGCUCUUAUGUGUAAUUUAUCUUGCUUUCUUAAAGUUUACAAAAAGAUCUUUUUCUUGAGUGACCUUUGGAUUCUAACCAUUUAAUCAGCAGGCCAGACCUCAGCUGUGGAGUUGUGCUCUGAACAGCCUGGGCUCUGCACUGCUGGCAAGGGAGGCCAGCUGAACAAACCUGCAGUGAGACCCAGCUGAGGUCAACAGAUCCUCUCCUAAUGAGUGUAUUUGAAUGUGAUGUUGCAGUGUACUUCUGCCUGAGGUGUACCUGAACAAACUGAGCUUGUUAAUUAAUGAGGUCAUUUGGGUGGUAAGAAAAUGUACUUUCACAUUUUUCAGCCCUUAAUGGGGAAGGGAAAAAAAAAAAUGAAGUUAUUUGGAUGCUUACUUUGGAGUUCUUUUUUCCAGCUGUCUGAUUCUGUAGAGUGCACUUUAUUAAGGACGGCUGCACGUACCCAUGUGCUGAUCUGUAGCACUUCCAAGCCCAAAUGUAGCACAACAGUCGGUGCAGAUUGUCCAUUGACUCUUGAUGUCUGACCUGGAGAAUUGACUCUGAAGAGAAAACAGAGUUUUACCAGACUGCUGCGUUCAAAACACAAAUAAUUUGACGGGCAAAUGUUUUUCUGGUCAUAAUAUUGGUGCUAAAAUGUCACUGCCAUGUAAAAGAAGGGAAGAGUUAAAGUGCAGAGGAUGUGCUUAGCUGUGAUUAUAGGUGUUUACAGUAUUGUCAUUGUGUUAAACUGUCAAGAUUUGUGAGAUUUUGUGUUGCAGUUGUGCUUGACCCUAGAGUUCUUGCAUGCUAACCUAACGUAGAAGAUUAGCCUCUUUGCAUGCAGCUGGCUGCUGCUACUGCCGGGACAAGCAUGUUCUGUGAGAAUGCCAUAACUGCCCUGGCUGCAGCCCCUUCCCAGCCCCAGCUGGGCCUCCUGUCCUGUGACAGGCUGAAAAAGCUCAUUGAUGAACGGGAGUCCUUGCUAGACCAGAUUAAAAAAUUAAAGGGACAACUGGAAGAAAAGCAAAGGAAUAGCAAGAUGGAAAACACACAGUCUGAAGAUGAAGUUCUGGAAAAUGGGACAGAUAUGCACAUGAUUGACCUCCAAAGAGAUGCCAACAGACAGAUCAGUGAUCUCAAAUUUAAACUAGCAAAGUCUGAGCAAGAGAUAACAGCAUUGGAGCAGAAUGUAAUACGACUGGAAGGCCAGGUAGCCCGAUACAAAACUGCUGCUGAAAACGCCGAGCGAGUGGAAGAUGAACUGAAGGCAGAGAAACGCAAACUGCAGAGAGAGCUUCGUUCAGCACUGGAUAAAACCGAGGAACUGGAGGUCAGCAAUGGCCACCUGGUGAAGAGGCUGGAGAAGAUGAAGGCCAACCGGAGCGCUCUGCUGUCCCAGCAAUAGCCACCCCCUCCCACGGGAACCACCGCUCCUCGGAACCGGAACGACGCCGCAGCCGCUUCUGCGUCCUGCUGCCCGGGACGCUUCGUGUCAUUGCCUUGUGAGACCAGGCCACCCCAACACCUGCUCCGUGCCUCCCAGCCGGCGUCUCCCCGCGCAGAUCCAAGCCUCUGCUGCACUACAUCCAUAGGAGGAGCUGAUCCCAGCGGCUGUGCCCGCGGGAGCCCUUCCACGCCGAGCUCUGGGGACAUUCGAAGUACAACACAUAAGAAGCACAUGGAAUUCUCCAUCCACAGGGCACAGCAGCCAUUUAUUGCCAUUUAAAAUGGCACUCAAAGGAAAAAAAAAACACUUUGACUGGAAUUUUGUGUCUUGCUGAAAAUUUUAAAACAAACACUGUAAGUUUGGGACUUUUCUCAUGACAGUAUCUGUAAUUUAGUGACUACGGUAGAGUUAUUCAUAGUAGGUUUUUCAUUUACAAAUCACUGUGGAACCACAAGCCAUUACAAAGCAAAACUCCUUCAGUGGAAACCAUGGAAGAAGAUGGUCUUGGAAGCAAAAGUGACCUUAAAUGACUUUGCCAAUAAAACAAAUGUGUUCGGAGGGAUUUUUGCACCAGUAGAAUCGUGAGACUCUUUUAUUUCAGGGUAAAUAGGCAAUAGCUUCAUUGAAUUUUCAAUUCUUAUUUGUAUUAUUUAAUCCCUGCUCUUGAAGUAAAUGACUUUUAAAGGAUGUAAGGUUGCAUUAAUAAACCAGCAUAAGGCCGUGUUUUCAGAAAUGGUGGGGGUUUGCACUUAGAUCUCUCUCUUUGGUGCAUUUAUCAAAGCAACUGUCAUUUGCUUAAACAAAAUAUGUAAUGGGUUUUUUACAUCAGAAACUAUCUGCUGGUCCAUGGCCUACUAGGAAACGAUGCCGCUACGAAAUACAAGUCUGAUUUUUAAAAGAAUAACUGAUAAGUAAAGAAGCACUUUAGAAAAUAUUACUGCCUAUGGGUUUUCUACAGCUACGGAAGUAGCGAGUUAUUUCCUUCUAAGAUCAGUGCGGAGGUUUUCCACUUCUCACGCAGAACAGCGUGACCAGCUGAGACGCUGCGGGCGAUUCUCGCGUCUGUGAAAACGGCACAGGACUGGCACUACAGCUCUGGUUUGUCAGAACUCAUUCUGAAUGUACUACUCAAAGGAGAGCAGCAGCUACCCCAGGAAUAAAGCUGCCCGUCCCACCUCAGCCCUAACAGGAAAGCCAGUCCCUUCUGGGAUCUGCUCACGUGGUGAAGCAGCGUCUCCUGUCCCACGGGAGCGACCGCGACUGCCUCCAGAGGUUCUACCAAGCCAAAUCCAGACCCAGGAGAUCACAUUUCUUCCUAACUUGGUCUUCAGAACCUGCGAUCCAGGGCUUUCCCCAGCCUCCUCCUCGCAGGCGGGAGGUUAGAGUAGGAACCGCUGCUGUGUUCAACGCAAGGGGAUCGCUGGUAUCUUCCUCAAGCACCUUCACAAAUUAAAUAAACCAAAACCACUGUCUGAAUGUGUUUCUCUGGUUUGGCUAGAAAACAACACCCUCGUCUUCAUCUCUUCCCAAGUGCACAGUGAAAUUUAGGAAUCAAGUACUGAAAUUAUGAUUCCAGGAAAAAGAAGGCUUUUUUUGUGCCCCUGGGGAAUUAAGUAUGUCCUUGUUGAUGAAAUGUGGUGAAACGUGGGGAUGGAAGGAAUCUUUUUUAAUUAAAUUUCCGCUCCAGUUAGGGCUUCGGGUUGUUGUUUUUUGGGUGUUUUUUUACUUGUUUUUGAGAGGAACAUUCAGGUGCAGAGCCAGGUUUCUUGUGGAAUACCUCAAAAUGGCUGUGGAUACCAAUUUACAAUUUUCUGUGCUUGACUUGUGUAAUUUCUGGUGUACAAAGCCUCGGGGGCCUAACAAACCAGGGGUUUUCAGAAUGCAAACAAAACGUGCUAAAUACAACAUCUUACCAAUGGUAAGGUGUGUGAUUGCCACCAGUAAUCAUUUCAUUUGUGGAAAGCUGCCUCUCCUGGCAAGGCUCAGGAGAAACAACCCAGCAACCAAGCAUUGGUCCAAAAGGCAAAAAAAUAACACUUUGUUCAUCAAAAAAUAUUUAUCAUUUUGAAGUAGAUUUCAUCUCGCACCCCAUAAGCAUUAACUUCAUGACGGAAACCAGAUGUGUAUUUCAACCUGGAUAUGCUCUUAGUAGAAACCUUUGUGUGUGAUAAAGUAGGUGAAUGUUGAAGCCACGUUUCCCCCCCUCCCCCUAACUUUCAGUAUGACUUAGCGUUAGAAUAAGGGAAGAAAAAGAACUGGUUGGUUUACUGCAAACUGUUCUGUGUUUUUCUGUGAAGAAUGUACAACAACAGGGCUUUGAAUGGUGAUGAUAGCACAUGUCCCAGUCCUUUUAUUUGAGCCCCAAAUGAGAGCACCUUGGUACCCUGAGAGCGGGGCUGAGGUGGUGGCAGCCGGGCGAGGAACAGCUCCUGGGGGAACCAGGCUGGGUUUUUCUAGAACUUCUGUUUCAAUUUGUUAUCCUCUAUAUUAUUUUAAAAUGUUAAAUGAUUUUUAUCCUUUGCAAAUGGAAUGUUACCCAAAACGGUUUUGUUUUCGUUUCGGGGUUUUUUUUUUCUCCCAGUCGCUCUGUUAGGAGAUGUGAGCGUGGAAAAGGAAAUUCAUUAUGAGCAGAACUCGCCAAUAAAAUGUCACUUGUUUGGGUAGUUUUUA